AUGUUGUCGCCGUUGAUUUUGUCGCUCGUUUUGGCCAGCAGUCGCGGGCUGGUCGAUGCUGCCUCCAACGCGGUUGAAGACUACGAUGUACUGCAGUACAUUAACCCACUGAUCGGCAGUGCCAACGGAGGAAAUGUCUUCGCGGGUGCCACACUACCAUACGGCAUGGCCAAGGCCGUUGCUGAUACCGACUCAGAAUCAAACCAGGGCGGCUUCGCCUACGAGAACAGCAAUAUCACCGGGUUUUCGAGCAUGCAUGACUCCGGUACUGGUGGCAGCCCCUCUCUCGGCAACUUUCCUCUCUUUCCUUACGCAAAAUGCAAUGGCGAUGAUGCCAACGGCUGUGUCUUUCCGAAGAAGGCUAGAAAGACUCCAUACAAACAUGAUUCGGUCAAGUCAAGCCCUGGAUAUUUCAGCAUCGAGCUAGCCUCCGGUGUCCGGGCGGAGAUGACUGCUGCUCAUCAUACUUCACUCUUUCGUUUUCAUUUCCCUCCCAACGCCGAUGACAGUCCGCUGCUUCUAUUAGAUCUUUCAGAUCUGUCAGAUACACGACAAGACAAUGCGACUAUAUCAAUCGACCAGUCUAGCGGGCGCAUGACGGGUAGCGCCAAGUUUCUUCCAAGCUUUGGCAGUGGAUCUUAUAAGCUGCACUUUUGCGCGGAUUUUCAGAGUUCCGGCUGGUUGCGCGAUAGUGGCAUCUUUGUCAAUACUCGCGCUAGCAAUGAUGUUCAUGAUCUCACAAUUUCGCGCAGUAUCAACGGGUACCCUCUUCCGGGUGGUGGAUUUAUUCGCUUUCAAAACCCACCUGAUGGAAUUGUCAAUGCUCGCGUCGGUGUCAGCUUCAUGAGUCCCGAACAGGCUUGCUCGCAUGCGGAGUCGGAGAUUCCAAAAUUUAACUUCCAGACCACAAAGCAGAAUGCCAUUGCUCAAUGGGAGGAAAAAAUGAAGCCCAUUCGCGUUUCGCGCGAUGGUAUCAAAUCGGAUGUUCUCACCAACUUCUACAGUGGAAUUUACCGUACGAUGGUGAAUCCCCAGAACUACACUGGCGAGAACCCUCUGUGGACAAGCUCGGAGCCGUACUUCGAUUCUUUUUACUGUCUUUGGGAUUCUUUCCGAUCGCAGAUUCCAUUUCUCACAAUAUUCGAUCCGAACUCCGUCACUCAAAUGGUGCGCUCAUUGAUUGAUACCCAGCGCCACCUCGGGUGGCUUCCGGACUGCCGGAUGUCGCUAUGCAAAGGUUUCACACAAGGUGGAUCAAAUGCCGAUAAUAUCCUCGUCGAUGCCUUUAUCAAGGGACUGGACGACGAAAUUGAUUGGGAAGCCGGAUAUGCUGCUGUCCAAAAGGACGCCGAGGUUGAACCAUUUGAUUGGUCCAAUGAAGGCCGCGGAGGCUUGAAAAGUUGGAAGGAGGUCAAUUACAUCCCCGUGGAGGACUUUGACUAUGAGGGUUUCGGGACCAUGACACGGAGUAUCUCCCGCACCCUGGAGUACUCCUACAACGAUUUCGCCAUCGCGCAAAUGGCCCGAGCUAUGAACAAGACCCAAGAUGCCACGCGUUAUGAGAACAACUCUCGAUUCUGGAAGAAUCUGUUCAAAGAUGAUCAGACUUCAUAUCUCAAUGGUACCGACACAGGGUUCACCGGGUUCUUCCAGCCCAAGUACUAUAAUGGCACUUGGGGACAUCAGGAUCCACUCCAGUGUUCGAACAUCGAUACAGCUGGAAGCAUUUGUUCGCUUCAAAACACCGCUGGGGAAACCUUCGAGUCGAGCAUUUGGGAGUAUCAGUUCUUCGUUCCCCAUGAUAUGAAGACACUUAUCAAGAUGCUUGGCGGCGAAAACAACUUCGUUCGGCGCCUGGAUUACUUACACGAUCGAAAUAUAACCUACAUCGGCAACGAGCCUGCCUUCCUUACAGUAUUCCAAUAUCAUUAUGCCGGUCGCCCAGCCAAAUCAACCGCACGUGCUCGUACCUACAUUCCAGAUUACUUCUCUCCGACGCCAGCGGGACUUCCAGGAAACGACGACUCCGGUGCAAUGGGCUCCUUUGUCGCGAUGUCCAUGAUGGGACUUUUCCCGAAUCCCGGCCAGAGUGUUUAUCUGAUCACGGUUCCCUUCUUCAAAUCAGUCAGCAUUAAGUCGCCUCUUACAGGGAAGACGGCUACCGUGCAGGUUACGAAUUGGGAUAAAUUCAACUCGCUCAACAAUACUGGGGGCACUGGGGGCACUGGCUUCAUUCAGUCGGCCUACCUGGACGGGAAGCCUUACACGCGCAGCUGGCUUGAUCAUGAUUUCUUCACAGAGGGGAAAGAGUUGGUUCUUACUUUGAGUGGACAGGAGAGUAAGUGGGGAACAGCCCCCGAAGACCGGCCUCCCUCUUUAGAAGAGUCUUCGUCUGAGAUUCAAGAUCGUGAAUGGAGGGCCUUAGAUGAGGAAGCCACUGAGCCUGUGCCUCUACUCAGCUCGGCUAGAAAGCACUACGCUAGGCACAGUGUGCAUUUUGAGCACCAUGCUCGCUUUGCAAAGGAGUGGUAG